CGCCACUUCACAUCGCAUUCCUAAUCAUAGAUCGCAAUUUGCAACGCUCUAAUCGAUGGCGGCAGCUCUAUCGUGACGAUCUAUGCUACCACUCGACCUGCUUGCACUGCAAUCGAGUGCUUGGCGGUUCUCCGCGCGCUAAAUAGCAGCUCCCAUCUGUUCAUCGUUACAGGACCCUUUGGUUGCUGACAUUGAUGAGGCCGCAUGACGACAGGCCGAGAAACAGACGAUGAGCCAUGAUCCUUGAGUGUAACAAAGGCCUUCAGCAACUUUCAAAAUCAGCGUUAGAUACACCCGCAAGAUGGUCGCCGGGUUCGCUGGGGCACCCGUCAGCAAAGGCGCGAUCAUGCUAGUUUGUUUCAGCUCUCUGCUCACAUCGACCCUCAGCUGGAAGCAAUAUGUACACCUGCAGAUCGUGCCACAUUUAACUGUGUACCGUCAGUACUGGAGGAUCUUUGCCCACUACUUUUGCUUCACCGACAGUGCGGAUCUUUUCCUAGGCCUCAUACUAAUUUACCUAUGUUUCCGGGAGCAAGAAAGACGGCUCGGCAGCACCCAAUUCUUCGUCAUGCUCCUGCGUAUAUGGGCACUCCACGGUGCUAUACUCUUCGCCAUUCUGAGGGCUCUCGUUGCCAUCACCAACACGGUGCUUUUACUCGACUCUCAUGCCUACCCGGUACUUACGCACGGUUUCGCUACAAGCGGCCCUUAUCCUAUCACUAUUGUCGUUCUGCUCCACCAGAUGCAGACCUCCCCUGGCCUAUGGACGGUCCAAGUCGGACCCGCUCAGUUCGACGAGAAAGCCAUACAGGGUCUUCUCUCCCUCUUGCUUGCCUUCUCUCGCAGUGGCAAUGUGCUUGGCAGCUGCAUAGCAGUUGCAAUCACUCCCCUCUGCUUACCAUGGCCGCGAGGUACAGAUGGAAAAGCAUGUAGCACUGAACUGCGGUUCAGGCGCCAAGGAGGCGCUUUCGCGCGAUUGUCUGCCAGUAUGACCUCUUUGCUGUCGUUUCUGCUGCUGCAACGCGUCUCGCGAGCUGUGGUGCAUAGCCUGCAAGUAGCCGCCUUGAAUCUGAUUGGGAACACUCGCAAGCCGCCUAGAAGCAGUCGAGCAGAGCGGCGGCGGGACCCCACCCUCUCUGUUCCAGCACCAUUGCCGCAACUCAGCUCCAACUUCUCGUUUAACAUGCCCCGGUUCCAAAUACGUCGACCGGGCGGCGCGGCUGCUCAAACCCAUGCGAACCUUCCGGAUGGCGUGCAACAUUUUCUCCCUGUGACUGCCACAUCUGGGCGACCACCGAACAUAGCUGCGCCAGAUGCUUAUGAUGAUAACGCUCGGGACUAUGUGCCGCCAGCGGCAUUACCGGAUGGGCAACUGCACAUCGAGCCUCCCCCUGCAUCCGGUAUUCGCAGCAUCUUCCGUAAUUCACUUCCUGAUCCAGUGAUGCCUCGCAGCCCGUCCGCAUCAGCAGUAGACCCACCGUGGGAGCAGCACAUCGCGGUGCUGCAAGAUGCAUUCCCUUUGCAGUCGCACGAGUCGGUUGUACAAGCAUUGCAAGAAAGCAAUGGAUCCUAUGCACAGGCAGUGGAGCGCUUACUGUCCUCUUGAACUUGAGGUGACGCUGAAAUGCGCG